AUGCCAACAUCGGAGAGCGAUGGUGGCUUCAAACUAUUCCACUAUGACCCGUCCCUCGCGGCAGCGGCGAUCUUCAUAAUUUGUUUUCUUGCGACCACAAUUCUACACACUUACCAGCUUUUCCGGACGCGAACGUGGUUUUUCAUCCCGUUUCUGCUGGGUGGUUAUUUCGAGUGGGUCGGAUAUGUCGCACGCGCCAUAGCCUGUAACCAAACACCAAACUGGACACUCGGGCCAUAUAUCGUACAGGCUGUUCUGACUCUCGUCGCGCCCGCCCUGUUUGCCGCCAGUAUUUACAUGGAACUAGGACGAACCAUCGUGGUGCUACACGCCGAAAAGCACAGUCUGAUCCGCGUCAAAUGGUUGACUAAGAUCUUCGUAGCGGGAGAUGUUCUAUCCUUCCUCAUGCAAUCAGCAGGUGCCGGAUUAAUGGGUAUGAAAUCGAAAUCGCGCGAGAACGGUCCCCAUAUUAUUGUCGGCGGUCUCGUCGUCCAGAUCCUCUUCUUCGGCUUCUUCAUGAUCUCAUCCGCUGUCUUCCAUAUGCGCAUGAACCGUGACCCCGUCGCUGAUGGCGGGUCUGGGUUCAACUGGCGACGCCUGCUAUAUGCACUGUAUGGUGCCAGCGCUCUCAUUCUGAUCCGUUCCAUCUUUCGACUUAUCGAAUAUGCGCAGGGGAAUGACGGGUAUCUGGUCAGUCAUGAGUGGUUUAUGUAUAUAUUUGACGCACUGUUGAUGUUCGGGACGAUGUUGAUCUUCCAUGUGGAGCACCCAAGUGAGCUCAACGCGUGGUUGAAGGGAAGUGGGACUGUGUGUAGGGAGAUACUCCGGUUCGAGAGGGCUGGGAGUAGUGGUAUGAUGAUGGCCUAG